AUGGCUGAGAAGACUGCGACCGCGACGACUUCGCUGAAGCCACCCUUCAGACAACGAUCCAUUCCGCCAGAAUCAUCGCUCUCCGCUUCGCAAACUUCGCUUUUUAAUGCUGUCACCCAGCAGCCGGUUCUCGACACAGCGACUAGCAUCCCCCUAACGCCGCUUGACUCGCUGCCUACCAUAACUGGUCGCGGUAACGAUGUCGUACUUGCGAACGACUCGAUCGACCAAUUCCUCAAGACAGAACUCGACCUGUCGCGCCUGAAUCGCAUCCAUGGCCAUUUGUGGAUGGCAGGCCGCCCAAUGCGCGCGCGCCCACUACACAGAUACCGCAUGAUGGGUUUCAAUGUGCUAUUCACACAGCAAAUGGACUUGCAUUUGCUCAAGUUCAGUAAUCACCUGCUGAUCAAGCCACUGCCUGAGUGGAUACUAUGCGCCGACUUUUGGACCAAGCACUUGUGUAGCGACAAGGUGCUACAUCAAUCAGCCUGCGGAUUUCUGCUCUCGUAUGUCUGGCUUCUGGUCACGCCGCUGGAUCUCAAGCUCGCACACGACUUUUCUCUGGUGCCUAGCUUCAUAACGUGGCAUUGGUGGAAGGAUUUCGUGAAAGAUUUCCUUGCGCCGGGGCAUGUGGAUAUCAAUACCCUUGCGCAGGUCAACAAGCGAUACCAAUUUGGCGAUCUGAGACUCGGACGCAUCAACUCAACAUAUCGCAUUCGCUUCUUCUACUCGCACUUUGUGCGUGGGUACUUGUAUGGGUACAAUCGAUACGUGGUCUUCUUCCAGCGAAACUUUAGUUGGAUUUUGAUCGUGUUCGUGUUCUUCAGCCUUGUCCUGAGCGCGAUGCAAGUCGGUACCGGGCUGGAUGAGUUAAAAGACAACCACGCUUUCCUUCGCGCUAGCUACAUUUUCGUGGUUUUCAGCAUGGUCAGCGUUAUUGCUGUGCUCGCCUUGGUUGGGAUGAUCUUCAUUAUCAUUUUCUUGUUCAACAUGGUCACUGCGAUCAAUCACGCGAAAGAAGAACAACGGAAGCGGAAGAAACUCGCCCAAAAAAAGUCAGACCAAGGCAAAGAAGCUUGAAUGGCAAAUCAUAUCUAUUCAGGUCCGGAAACGCCUGGCACGCCAGCCAUGAAAUCUACGUUCACAACUCGUCGUUCUGCCCC